UCAGUAGUAAUGGAUGUAGAGAUCAAUCUUGGUUUACUGUUAGGCGGAGCUCUACUAAUUCUUUUCAUUGUUGUUGGCAAGAGAAAACUAUCUUCACACAAGAUUUCUUCCAUUAAUCUCCCUCCAGGCAGCUUUGGGUGGCCACUGGUGUGAGAAAUGCCACAGCUUGUUAUGAGUGCCAAGGCCAAUAAAGUCCACAGCUUUUUCCAGCACAAGAUUGAGCAAUAUGGAGGAGACAUCUUCAAGACCUCUUUGUUUGGCUUUCCUACAGCAGUGUUUUACAGUGCUCAAGCGAAUCGAUUUCUCUUCAGCAAUGAAAACACUUUGGUCCACACCCACUGGCCUUACUCCGUUACCAACUUAGUAAGCCAUUCCUUGCCUGCCAAGACUGGGGAGAAGGCCAAGUGCAUGAGGAAGACUCUCACCAAGCUCUUAAAACCUCAGGCUUUGCAGAAAUUUGUAGGCAGAGUAGAUUGUGUAGUGAAGAGUCACAUGAAAAGCUUCUGGAUUUGUAAUGAACAAGUGAAAGCCUUUCCUCUCAUCAGGCGCUGCUUGUUUUCUGUGGCCUGUACCCUCUUCUUCAGUAUUGAUGAUCAGAUGCAACAGGAAGAGUUAUUUCCCCAUUUUGAGGACAUGUUAAAGGGAAUGCUCAUGCAGAUGCCUUUGAAUUUGCCGGGGACUAGAUUUCGAAAGGCCAUUACUGCCAGAAAUCAUCUCCGCCAAAUAAUACAAACUUUUAUCGAUGAGAGGAGGGGAAAUGACGAUCGGGAAGACUUGUUAUCAUGUCUUGUUGGGGAAGGAGAAGAGGAGAAAUUAACGGAUGAUGAGAUUAAGGAUAACAUGCUGAUACUUUUACUAGCAAGCCAAGAUACAGUGGCAAUAACUCUAACGUUUCUCCUCCGCUAUCUGGCCCUAAAUCCAGAGUGCUACCGCCAGGUCCUCCAAGAACAAGCUCAGAUUUUAAGAGCGAUGGAAGGUAGGAAAGAGCUUCAAUGGGAGGACAUUCAAAAGAUGAAAUAUUCGUGGAGAGCAGCACAGGAGACUCUCAGACUUCAACCUCCAGCUCACGGUACAUGGCGCCAAUCCAUCACAGACUUUUACUAUGCUGGAUAUAUGAUACCUAAAGGAUGGAAGCUUAUUUGGACGGUACAUUCAACUCACAGGAAUCCCGAGCAUUUUGAGGAUCCAGAGAAAUUUGAUCCUUCGAGGUUUGAGGGGAAGGGCCCUGCUCCCUACACAUUUGUACCCUUUGGAGGGGGACCUCGCAUGUGCCCAGCAACUGAAUUUGCAGCCAUGGUAAUACUUGUGUUUAUUCACAACGCUGUGAAAUGUUUUGAUUGGGAUUUGGUUGAUGCCGAUGAGAACAUCACAGCUGAUCCUCUGCCUAUUCCUGCUCGUGGACUGCCCCUGAAUCUUCGUCUGCAUUAGCACUGAU